AGAAAGCAAGCAGGCAUCAAGUAUUGAAUAUGAUGAUGUUGUUGACUCAUUUAAGUUUAUUGAACCAAAUGGAACUCUUAAAUUGACUGUACACACUGUACAGGAGGUUGGAUGGACUGUUAAUCCUGAUAGAAAACCAAUGAAAUUGCUUCAGUCAAGAGUUGACCUGUUCCCGUUAAAUCCCUCUUAUGCAACUUGUAGCGUGUCAGUGUAUGCUGAAAUUGGUGUUGCUAAAAAGCCACUUCAUUGUCCAAUUGAUUUAAUUGGAAUAGAUCCUGAUACUACAAUUUGCAUUAACAGAUCCCCACCUCCUUCAUCAUCAAUGAGAGACAGUACUAGCUCAAGCUCCUCUACUGCUAGUAUCAGUCAAACCAGGAGAGAGACUGAAGAAGGUACAUUUAGAUCUGAUAUUGCUUAUAGAGUAAUGACAGAAUGUACUGGAACAAUAAAAGAAAGGCUCGACCUAAGUACUUGUUCACUGGUAGAUAGGCUACUGGAGAAGAGGAUAAUAAAUGAGAAGCAGAAGACUCAAAUUACUGAUCAGCACUGUGGAUUGACUGCUGAUCAAAGAAUGGACAAGUUACUUAGUUUAGUUAAAGCAUCCAUUGAAGUGGACAGCCAAGUAUUUCAUUUGUUUGUAGAAAUAAUUAAACAAGAGAAUACAUUAAUAACUGAUAGACUUGCACAGACACUAUUGGACUAUUAUAAAAGAUUGUUGUAGAUCUAAUUUUUAAUUUUGAUACUAAAAUUAAUAUUAAUUAAUUAUUUUAUCGAUGCUUAAUUGUCUACCUAUUGUUGUUGCUGUUGUUGUUUU